CUGACGCCGGAAAAAACUUUGGACAUCAAUAUAUGCAACUAUUGCCUGUCAUAAUGUCAACGCUCCCAAGAAUUUUGUGGUCGCAAACUGCCCACAAUCAGGAUCACAAUCAGAAUUGCAUUACCAUGGUGCUUCAGGGAGACAAAAUAUUACCUUCAGACAUCACUCUUACGCCGACAUCCUUCUCCCUCAAUGGUGAGAAAUGUGCAUGUUCAUUCGAACUUUACGAUGAGAUCAAUCAUAUGCAACCCUCGUAUGAGUUUGACGGUGGUUGGUUGGUAGUCAAGGUGCCGAAGAAGAGUCUUUCUGGCUUAUACUGGCCAACCUUGACCAGGGAACAGCUGCCAUUCAUAGUGACAGAUUUUAAUCGGGUAAGCAACCGCCUCUGCCCUUGAUCGUGCUGGAUUGAUUAUCCACGGAAGAGAAUCCACAAUAUAAAUUUGUAAUUUGAUUUUAGACCGUUGAAGUAGACGACCAAGACAUAAUUAGUCUUGAAUGGUUUAACUCAGAUUCGCACCACCAGCUCUGAUGCAUCUACUUCGGUGUAUAUGUCAAAUCGAGUCAAAAGGUUGGCGAUGGUCCUCCGCAUAAAUUCCGACCGCGUUUACAAAUUCAAGGGCUACCAGCCUGGAAAUUGAAGUUCUACAUUUGUCAUUCGGUAUAA